GUCGGCUAUUAAUAGAUUUAUAAAAAAGAGCUCGUGAUAUGCUGAGACAAGUUACAGUACAUGUACUGUAGUCUAGAUUGUAGAAUCUACUAAGAAUCGGAAAUUCGCACAGACAGAUAGGCUUUAGGCUUUAGCCUAUUAAAUUAGCCAAUCUAGAUCUAGAUUACCAACUGACAAUUGUGAUUUCAAAUUGAAGGAUAAGAUGGACUUUAGUAAGACUGUCAAAGAUCUUAGGCAGUCAUUUGCAAGUGGUAAAACUCGUAGUAAUGAGUGGCGAACAGCGCAGCUGAAAGGAGUGAUAAAGUUGAUUCAGGAAAAUGAAGAAGUCAUUUCAGAAGCCUUGUAUAAGGACCUUCAUAAAAACAAGGCGGAAGCAGCCAUUAUGGAACUUAUUCUUUGUGUUAAUGAUGCUGUGAAUGCUAUCAACAGCUUGGACAGUUGGACAAAGCCAGAAAAAGUUUCAAAGGGUGCCCUCUACUUGAUGGACAAUGCUUACAUUAUCAAGGAACCUUUGGGAGUGGCUUUGAUAAUCGGAGCUUGGAACUACCCAAUACAGCUAAUCCUCUUGCCUCUUAUUGGAGCCAUAGCAGCAGGCAACUGUGCACUUAUUAAACCCUCUGAAGUGUCUGAAGCUUCAGCCAGAUUUAUUGAGGAAUACAUCCCUAAAUACUUGGAUAAAGAUUGCUUUAAAGUGAUCAAUGGAGGUGUGGCAGAGACAACUGCCAUAUUGGAGCAGAGAUUUGACACAAUUUUUUACACAGGGAACAGCCAAGUGGCCAAAAUAGUGAUGGCAGCAGCAGCUAAGAAUUUGACCCCUGUUAUCUUGGAGCUCGGUGGUAAAAGUCCAGUGUACAUUGAUACAAAAACAGACUUGGCAGUGGUGGCUAGACGCUUGUGUUGGGGCAAGUUUUGCAAUGCUGGGCAAACAUGUAUUGCCCCUGAUUACGUCAUGUGCCCAAAAGAAAUUCAGGAUGAAUUGAUUGAAAAAAUUAAAGCUAGUGUAGAAGAAUUCUACACAGCUGACCCCAAGACUUCAGAUAGUUAUGGAAGAAUCGUUAACAACAGACAUUUUACAAGAAUACAGAGAUUAAAACAGGGUUCCACAGUAGCUGUCGGGGGAGAGGAGGAUGAGAAAGAAAACUACAUCUCCCCGACAGUGUUACGAGAUGUCAAAUUAACUGAUACUGUAAUGCAGGACGAGAUUUUUGGUCCAUUGUUGCCCAUUGUUCCAGUCAAAGACCAUACGGAAGCUAUUGAUAUCAUUAACACCAGAGAAAAACCACUGGCUCUCUAUGUUUUCACCAAGAAUUCCAAAAUUAGUCAAGAGUUCUGUGAUAGAACCAGCAGCGGUGCUAUAGUUGUGAAUGAUACAGUAGUGCAUGGAGGAUUACCAACUCUUCCGUUUGGAGGAGUUGGGAACAGUGGACUGGGAUCAUACCAUGGAAAGUUUUCAUUCAAUGCCUUCAGUCAUGACAAACCAGUUCUGGAGAAAUCUUUAGCCAUGGAUUCAGUCAAUAAUAUCCGUUAUCCACCAUACACAGAUAAAAAACUUGGAUGGGUCAAAUGGAUCAUGACUAAGAAACCCAAGAAACAAGGGAUGCUGGCCUUUUUCCCAUUCGUGGCCAUUGGAGUUAUCUUUUCUUUCAUGUUUAAAGUGAUUGGAGUUGGUGCAGAGAGUAUCAAUACCAAGAAGCAGCUGUAAAAAAAAGUUUCAAGAACUCAAUGGGCAAUGUCCUACAUUGUUGUUGUUUUGAAAGUCUUUGUUCAUUGUAAGGACAAAACUUCUCUAUUUAUUGUAUAGAUAUUCAAUGAAAUGUGGUACUUUCUGAAAGCUUUAUUUGUAAUGGCUGUAGACACAUUUUGUUUCUAUGGUUGUUUGCUAUGUAGAGAUGAAUUAACUUCUUUCUGUAGACUUUUGUAUCUGAUACCAUUGUCUCUUUAAUUACAGUCCUUCCUGACUUCUUCAUUGGUGUAAAAAAGAAAGGUUCUCCUUUCAGACCUUGUGAUGUAUAGGAUUAUACAUUAUAUUAUUGUUUGGCACAUCAACACACUUUAUGUCACAGGGCAGAUCAUGUGAAGGUCAUUUCUAUGGUCAUGGGGCCAGCACAACAACCACCAUCUUUACUUUCCCCAACUAAUGUCAUGUACCCAUCAGAGUUUGCUGGACUUGGGGGGGGGGGGGGGGGGGGGAUCCUAAAAAUCUUGAAGUCUUAAGUCUUCUUCGUUCUCAUUGUUAUGUUAUGAAGCCAAGUGCUUUACCACUUAGCCACCUUGCCCCUUCAUUUGUGUAGGGUUUUAUAAUAAUUGUAGAUACACUUUGUUUCUAUCAUUGUUGCUAUGUCAAGCUUGUACCUCAAUAGCUUUAAUAUUUUAUGAAAUAAAAAAAAAUUUUUUUUAAA